CAUCCAGGGAAUGCAAGCAGUCCAAAAACCCAGGGAUUUUGUCAUUUCCCAACUGACAAAUUAAUACAAGACACAAGGACCUUGCAAAAAAAAAACAAAAAAAAAGAAAAUCAACUAAGAAGAGCAAGAAGGGACAAUACUAUUUUGGUCAAACAUGGGCUCUUUGUUUCUGCUGUGUGCGUUUUUCCAUGUAAUUUCCGCCACAAUACUUUUUGGAGACAUGGCUGAUCAGGACAGCACCCUUACUGUAAGCAUUCCUACUGAAGAGCCACUGCGCCCCCUGCUGGGUGGGAGCAUGGGUAUUCCCUGCUACUUUCAGGACAACACUGUGCAUGACCCUGGUGCCCCAACCAUCGCCCCUCUGUCCCACCGCAUUAAAUGGAGCUACAUUUACAAGGGCAGGACAACCCUUAUUCUGGUUGCCACCGGGGGCCUAGUACAGGUUCAAUCAGACUACCUGGACCGGGUCCAUAUGGUUAAUUAUCCCAUAGUGCCAACUGAUGCUACCAUUGAGAUCUCAGAACUCCGUUCCAGUGACUCUGGCACCUACAGAUGUGAGGUCAUGCAAGGAAUUGAAGAUAACUAUGAUUCAGUGGAAAUGCAAGUUCAAGGUAUUGUGUUCCACUACCGAGCAAUUUCUACCCGAUAUACCUUAACAUUUGAGACAGCAAAGGCAGCCUGUAUCCAGAACAGUGCUGUAAUUGCAACCCCUGCACAGCUACAAGCUGCUUAUGAUGAUGGAUUCCAUCAGUGUGAUGCUGGCUGGCUCUCAGACCAAACUGUGAGGUAUCCCAUUCAUGAGCCAAGGGAGCCUUGCUACGGAGACAAAGAAAAUUUCCCUGGAGUACGAACAUAUGGAGUCCGAGAUGUCAAUGAGACUUAUGAUGUGUAUUGCUUUGCAGAAAAAAUGUCAGGGAAAGUGUUCUACUCCAUAUCUGUGGAGAAGUUCACUUUUGCUGGGGCUGACAAGCAGUGUGCAAACCUCGGUGCCCAACUGGCCACCACAGGGCAACUUUACCUGGCAUGGAAGGCUGGCAUGGAUAUGUGCAAUGCUGGCUGGCUAGCCGACAGGAGCGUACGGUACCCCAUUAACAUAGCUCGACCCCAGUGCGGUGGAGGGCUUUUGGGAGUUCGAACUGUUUACCUGUUCCCGAAUCAGACUGGUUACCCCUACCCGGACUCCCGCUAUGAUGCAAUCUGUUAUCGAGAACAUGAAGACAAGGUUUUAACAACUCCCUCGCCAUUCCCUGAAAUAUACACUACCACAGAUUCCAGACUCAGUGUGGCAACAGUUACCUCAAGCUCUUUAGACUAUACUAAACAGGUGAUCACUGAGAGUGAGCACUUUGAGGAACUACUGACAGAAAACACUACCAAUGUGGAAAGCCUCCUAUCUCUACCUCCCAACAUAACUGAGAUAGAAGACGAAGUCAUCGGUUUCGCCACUGCUCAACCUUUUCUGGGAUAUGACUUUCCCAUGGACAAUAUCACCGCUGAAUCUCUAGGAGUGGUGUUCCAUUAUCGUGCUGAAUCCAGGCGCCAUGCUUAUACCUUUGAAGAAGCACAGAUAGCUUGUCAAAACCUGGGUGCAGUCAUAGCCACCCCUGAACUCCUUCAGGCUGCUUAUGAGGCUGGUUUUCAUCAAUGCAGUGCAGGCUGGCUACAGGACCAAACUGUGAGGUAUCCAAUUGUGUAUACUCAAAAUAAGUGCUCUGGAGAUCAGGAGAACGCUCCAGGUGUACGCUCCUACAAUGUUAGGCCUGCUCACGAGCAGUAUGAUGUAUACUGUUACAUGGAGCAAUUAAAGGGGGAGAUUUUACACAAGACUUCACUGGCAGGCUUCACUUACUAUGAAGCUGUUGCCCAUUGCAGAAAACUAGGUGCUACUCUUGCCUCAACUGGAGAACUUUACGCUGCCUGGAAUCAGGGUUUUCACAAGUGCAGUCCUGGCUGGCUGUCUGAUCUCAGCGUCCGCUUUCCUGUCCGCAUUCCACACUUUGGUUGUGGCGUAAACAGGACUGGAGUGCACACUAUUUAUGCCAACCCAAACCAAACAGGCUUCCCAAACCCAUACUCCAGAUAUGAUGCCUAUUGCAUCAAAGCAAAUUUGUCUAUGCUCCUUGAUGAGGAUGCGUUGAAUGCUACAGAAAUUGGAAUGGAACUUAACAAAACGAAUAUAACAGAGCUGCUGAGACCUGCUCGUCCAAUCGUCCCUCCCAUGUCAGUGGACAUAUCUGGCUCAGCAUCAGGCUCUCCUGAUUUCAGUUCUGGAGAUGGGUCUUGGAGUGGCAGUCCAAGUGGGGACAUAUCCGGAAGCGGCAGUCCAAGUGGGGACAUAUCCGGAAGCGGCAGUCCAACUGGGGACCUAUCUGGAAGCGAUAGUCCAAGUGGGGACCUAUCUGGAAGCGGCAGUCCAAGUGGGGACCUAUCUGGAAGCGGCAGUCCAAGUGGGGACCUAUCUGGAAGCGGCAGUCCAAGUGGGGACCUAUCUGGAAGCAGCAGUCCAAGUGGGGACCUAUCUGGAAGCGGCAGUCCAAGUGGGGACAUAUCUGGAAGUGGGAGUCCAAGUGGGGACAUAUCUGGAAGUGGGAGUCCAAGUGGUGAAAUAUCUGGAAGUGGGAGACCUAGUGGGGACAUAUCUGGGAGUGGGAGACCCAGUGGGUACAUAUCUGGGAGUGGGAGACCCAGUGGUUCUGGCCAAAGUGGUGAAGGAUCAGGUUACCUUGUGUGGUUCAUAGAAGGUGCAGAUACACUCAGCUGGCAGCCUUCUAACUCAGUCUUUCCUCAGGAGGCAAGAGAAGGGAGUGGUAGUGGCAGUGGUGUUAUAAUUUUUUCUGAAAUAGGAUCUGGAGAUGAAUCAGGGGAGGCUUCUGGACUCCAUCAAGAAAUAAGUGGAUCUAGUGGCCUUCUGUCAGGACUCAGCAGUGGACUUAUCAGUUCGGGGUCAAGUGGAUUCUACAGUGGGGGUGAAUCGAGUGGGUCAGGCUUCUCUGGGCUGUCAUUUAUAGACAGAGAAAUGAUCGAUCUGACUGAAAGAACAUCUAGAAAACAGGAAUUGUCUGGUGUUUCCCCAUUUAGCUUCAGUGAUUUCAGUGGCUUUGGCUCUGGUUCUGGAACUUCUGGUUCAGGAACAUCUGGUUCAGGAACAUCUGGCCACAUUGAGAGAAGCGGUGGAGAGAUCAUAAUUCUAUCAAACGAUGAGGUCAUUGACUUAAACUCUAGGCCUACAACCGGGAAGGAGGAGGGUCGUGGAUCAGUGGAGAUCAGUGGAGAUGGCAGUACUUAUAGUAAUUUAUAUGAGGGUUACUUGAGUGACAAUGAGACUGGUGAUCUCCUCCAAGAAAGAGAUGAGCAACUUAAUGUCACAACAGAGACGUUUGAUGUCACUGAUCAGUCACCUUUAAACACAACAUUACAAACCACCUCAGCAUUCACAACUUCACCUUCAGUUUCUCUACAAACAAAACAGGCUAUUGAGGAGCCAUUUGCUACUUAUGCAUUGCCAGAGGUGCAGAGAUGUGCUGAGGGAUGGAUAGAGUUCAUGGGCAGCUGUUACAUUCAUUUUGAAGAGCGUGAGACCUGGACCAGUGCUGAGCAGCACUGUCAGGAGCUAAACUCUCACCUGGUUAGCAUAUCUUCCCAGCAAGAACAAGAGUUUGUCAGAGCUCAGGCUCACGACUAUCAGUGGAUUGGACUCAAUGACAUGUCUGUGCAGAAUGAGUUUCGUUGGACAGACGGAAGCCCUUUGGAAUAUAUAAACUGGAGACCCAACCAGCCAGAUAAUUACUUCAGCAAAGCAGAAGACUGUGUUGUAAUGAUUUGGCACGAGGAUGGCCAGUGGAAUGAUGUACCCUGCAAUUACCAUCUUCCUUUCACUUGCAAAAGUGGACCCGUCACAUGUUCAUCACCUCCUGAGGUAAAGAAUGCCAAGAUGUUAGGCAAUCACAGAGAUCGCUACCCUGUUAACUCGAUUAUUCGAUACCAGUGUGACAGUGGAUUCAUGCAGCGCCACAUGUCUGUGGUGCGCUGUAUGACAGAUGGUCAAUGGGAGGAGCCUCGAGUGGAGUGCAUAAGAGGUAAAAUAAUCGGCAGCCUACGGAAAAGAUCCCUCAAGACACGUCCUAAAGCAGUCAAUAGUCGGAUAUGGAGAAAGGUCCUCUAAACAGGACAAAGGGCAUACACUUCAAAACAUCCAGAGGACUUUAAAUCAUAAAGAUCAUCUGUACAGAAGCCUUUUUACCCAAAAGAAAAAUUGAAAAAGACCAACCUUAUGUAAUGAUACAUUUUUCUGUAGUUCGCCUGGCUUUGGUUUGCAAGUGCUACUCACAGCUCUGUCUUUGGGGGGAACCAAGAAAUAAGAGGGUAAUAAGAGACAAACUAAUCUAUAUAUAAAGAAAGAAAGUAUACAGACUGAAUAGAAGAGAGUGCCCUUGAGUUUAAGUAAACGUUGCUAUUAGUGCAAGAGUUCGUUAUAGUUUCUUCCAGGCCACAAGAUGACACUGUUGUUUACUUGUGUGAACUGCUAACAUUGUCCCACCAUUGUUUUACAAACCUACAUUAAUUGUCCAAAGCAGCCUCCUAAUUUGCAUACUUCUAGUGUACACUAAAAGUAUGUACUUUCCAAGUGAUUUCCUUUGCCACAUAUUGUUUUCAUUUGCAUACAAGUUCUAGAAUCUAUAGAUAUGCUCAUUACUUUUAAAUUUAUCAUUACUAGUUGGUUCACACAUUUAAAAACUGUUGAGGUAGCUUCCGCUUUGCGUUCCUGGUCAUUUUUCUACACCUGAAAAAAGGGCAGCAAUAUUAGCUUCAAAAGCAUGCACAGAUGCAUACUAAGAAAGUCUAAUGGAAAUAGUUCAACAUUUGGUCAUCUUUGUUAUAAUAUUUUACAAGCUAUGAAUUGGGAUGCACUAAUUCUUAACUUGAAUUCUAUUUAGAACGGAUUGUAUGUGAAGUGGGAUGCAGUCCAUGACUUUUGAGCACAAUGUUAAUCAUGUAUAUAAUAGAUGAAAAAUGGAUAUGCACGAAAGAGUAACACUAAAGUUUAGAACAAGACAAAAGGCUUUAAUAACUACAGCUGGAUACAAUGGCAUUUAAGGUAGCACAUUAGUAUUUCAAAUUCUUUAACAUUUAAUUUUCUUUUUAUAUCUUUGGUUUGUUGCAGUUUAAAUGUCUCGUUUGAUGACAGAGAUCAAGUUAUCUCUUUGAAACAAAAAAUCUACAGUAUGUGAGAGAUAAAAUGCCCUUUUCUUUUAAAAUGCUUUUUCUACAUUUCUAAAUAGACCAAUUUACUUAAAUUAGAAAGAUAUACUGUCUAUACUAGCUGUAAUGAUAAAAUUAUAUUGAAUACCUGUUACUGGAAGAGAACAAAUGCUUACGAUCAGCAUGAUUCAGAAGCACUUAUUCAUUGUGCAAUGCAUUAGCUUUUCUAUAAUUUAUUGAUUUACAUGUUCAUAUAAUCCUUAAUCCUUAAAGAGUGAUACAGGUAAACAAAUUUGUCUUGCUGUCCAUAGUGGAGGGGAUAGAGAGUGAUACUUGUUUCUCCCAGACAACUUAAUUCACAGAAGUUAGUUUCGAAAGGAUAGAGAUAAUAGAAAUAAAGGUAGAGUUGGGUGCAGAAAGAAGUGUCAUGGGAGUGAUGUGGUGAGGGAAGCUGCCUAUACAUUUUUGUGAAUGUGAUAAAAAACUCUUCUUGAAAUUUCGUUUAAAACGUAAAACAAAAUGGUGUAGAUGUCAGGCUAAUUAAGCAUUCAUAUUCCAAUGACAGAAUUUUCAGUUGCCUGUUUUAAUAUUUAAGUUCAAAGUUGAUCAAAUUAAAAGUAUAUACUAAUAAGCCAACAUGCACACACAAUCAGUUUAUUAUUAAGUCUGACCUCGCGCUAUUCAACCCCGCCAUUUUUCAGCACUCCACUCUUCCAAAUUGUGUCAUCUACCUUCCUAUUUGUAUUGAAGCUACAAGAGUCGAUCAAAAUGGAUUUCGUGUGGAAGCACAAAAAGUAUUUUUCACCAGGUGUUGAUGGUGAGUCUUCAGCACCCUACUACGUGAAAAUGCUCGUGAGGUGUUUUUCUGUCAACGUAAAUGUUUGUUUCAGAUCACAUUCAGACAGCUAUGACACACUGCACUUUUUCAUAAUACAAGCGUUUAAUUCUUAUACGUGUCAUUCUCUUUAAUUUUUAGGUUUCUGCAUGUUAAUAAUUUGUCAAAAUGUGUAGUUACAUUUCUAACAGUGACAGCUCGCAUUACACAUGCAAGUUCAACGUUAAAGAAAAUUACAAUUGUACUUUUUAAAUUAAUUUGUCACCCUACAUCUUUGUAGAGGCUUAAAUGUGAUUAAAAUGGUUGUAAACGGAAUAAAAAAUAAAACAAACAAUUUCACGUGCGUGUGUAAGUAAAUAUAUAAGUGAACACCUUUCUGGUUUAACAAAAAAAUAUGCUUACCUUAAAUAUAAUGCGAUGGGUGAAUGACAUGAGAAGGUGAUCAGAUAUUUUUAAUGACUUUAAGUUGUCUCUUGGAGUUUCAUGAGCACAGAGGCACAUCAGUACGUCCACUGCAUGAAGGUAGGAUCUUGUGUAUUUAUUAAUGAUGUACUCUUGUUUUAAAAUCUCCCGCUCUGCUUACAGUUGUUAUGACAUCUCCUGACCACUUUAAAAUACGCAUGAUAGCUUAUGACAACUCUCUAACCUGUAAAUCAACUUUUAAAUCAACUAAAAAAUCAAUCUAGCUAAUUACACUUUGACAUCAGCAUCUACGUAGAACCGAAAGAAGGAAAGUUCCAAGACAACAUUUUCAAGAUGGCUGCGCGCUAGUUUCUCUAGCGCAUAAAAUACAGUGAGUAACAAUAACGUGAAUUGCUCUCGGUUGUAUCUAUUAUCCGCAACAUCCAACUCAUUCAUUUAGCUCUUUAUCACUGUCAGCUCUUCUACACUGAGCUCAUAUCUGUCCUAGUGGCCCUGAAUCUCUGAAAUAAACAGAUUAAAUGUGUGUGAAUAAAGGCGAUUUCCUCCUAAUACCAGAGCCUGGUCAAAAGGUGUCAUGGUGUGGGAUGAGUUUGUCUCAUCUCUCUCUCUCUCUCACUCACUCACUCACUCACUCAGUGAGAUAUACUGUAUAAACUAUCUUCUGCACAACACAAAUGAAGAUUUUUAGAAGAAUAUUUCAGCUCUGUAGGUCCAUACAAUGCAAGUGAAUGGUUAUCAGGCCUUUGAAGCUCCAAAAAUCACAAAGAAAGCAAAAAAG